AUGCCUAAAUGUAGGGAGUGUAUGAGAGAGAAUGCUGGAUUCUUGACCUUGAUCACCGUCUUGGCUAGCUUAGGUUCUGAUGCCCUUCCUGAACCGCAACCAACUACCACCACGGAAGAUAAAGCCGAAUCUGAGUCUUCAAAUCAGAGAAGAGUCCCGUCAAUUGCAGUCGAUGACGGUCUGCCAUCCGGUCUUACUGAAUCACCAAAGCCAGCUUCGAAAAUCACGCAAUCAAAACAUUCAGAGCUGCAAGAAGAGCGCGACGCGGUUGCCACACUCGUCUUCAAAUGCCUUGCUCUGGCUUUGUCCAACCAUCGCGAAAACCAGCUAUUCUUUUCUACCAAACUCGGGUUUAAACUUGUCUUGGACGCCCUUCGCCUUUCCAGCUUCAUACCUCAGUUGAACCCAGGAAGUCAAUCGACCUUGCCCUCUGCUCGUUAUCGCCGACAGAAGAUUGAGAAAUUAUUUGGGAUUUUGUUCGCUUUUAUUGUCGCCGAUUUCUCAUGCGUCGAUCUAUUUUCUACUGUCCGAAUCAAAAUUAAUCACCAAGGCGAAGCCAGCGCGGCUGCUAGUUUCGAUUCAGAAGAAAACGGUCACUCUGCUACCCGUAAUAAAGCUAGUCAAGGUACCAGCUCGACAUCAAUCCCAACCAAGCUAGACUCUGAUUCAAAGUACUCAAAAAUGGCUGCAUUGUUACGCCAAGAGAUUUGCGACCGUUCGGAAUUCUUGCGUGUCGAAAUAGCUGACGCAGUCUUGCUGCUCUUCGCUCUUCAUGCUGAUUUAUUUUAUCUAGCCGACAGCAGUGUGCAAAAUCUUGAAGACAAUUAUGAAUUACUAUUUCUGAGCCUCAAGGCAAUCGAGAUUCUAGCCGCUACUUCAAGACAUAGUCAGAUUGCCCUCAAUUCAAUUGAACUAACAGCUGUCCUUCUAGAGAGACUCGCUCCACAGUCCAACCUUACCUCUCCACCUCCCGGCAGAAAAGCGCAAGGCAGUGAAUCUACAAGUGCCCCUCUACCGAGUGCAGGUCUGGAACCCUGGAACCCAAAAACGCUGAUCACAGGUUCGGAUAAGAUUGCGAACCGGCUUGGCGAUAGGCAAUGUCGGCAGGUUUCCAAGGCAAUCGUCCAACAGAUGCUCCAAGUGGGAUCCUCCCCUCGAGAAGCACGGAUCCUUUUUCGGCAAGCGGUUAGAAGACAUGACGCGGGUAGCAAUGGGAAAGAAACAUUGGAUGAAGAUUACUUAGAGCUAAUACUAUCAGGCAUGAAGAGCUCCAACUGUCCUCCCAUUAUUCACUUUGGAUCCUCGAAACCUGGAUGCGCAUAUGCGGUACUUGAUUCGUUGGGCACCAACGCGUUUCCUCCUAAUCAAACUAGCGGCUGGACAUUUGUAACCUGGCUUCAAAUUGAAUCUUUCGGAAAUGAUCCUAACAUGCUCUUAGAGCUGCUCACCAUUUCCGAUCCAAAUGAAGAAUGCUAUGUGCAGAUUGCAAUCUCACGUUCCUCCUCUGUCAUCAUUCAGACCUCUCGCCCUUCUAUGUUAUCGUCUUCGUGCAGCGACUCGAAGAGUAGCGCCCGCGCGACCAAUGAAGGCCUACCGGAAUUCGCUAGUAGCUCUGGUUCGAAAACAACCGCUGAAUUCAACAAGAUCACACUUGAGUUGGGUCGGUUCUAUCAUUUUGCUGUUGUCCAGAAACCUGGGACCAGAAAUUCAAGCUCAACCGUUAGUUUAUUCAUCGACGGCGAAUGCGCUGGCUUGUUGCCUAUAUUGUGGCCGAAGACUCCCAAGUCGCAGCGUCUGUCUGCAUGCUUUGGUUCCAUGCCAUCUCUGCCUAACCCAAACCUCGGUUCCCCACACCGCCGGGUGCCGCCUAGGCUGGAGAGACCUCGGUGGAAUCUUGCUGGGUGUUGGCUAUUCAACCAAGCUUUGCCAGGUGACAUGCUCUUUGUCAUGUCUACCUUGGGCCCCAAAAUCUUCACGUGUUUUCAAGACGCUCUUGGGUCAUUCCAAACUUAUUCGUCAAGCACUUUGCUCAAUUUGAAAAUAGAUAAUCUGCGUCAUCAAGCUCCCAAAAGCAAACUAAACUCGGAUCAAGCUAUGCAGAGAUCCACUUCAGCACCUGCAGCACCUGCAACGGCAGCAUUACUCAAUAAAUCUCCGCUGAUCAAGGCUGUCAAGGAGCCAGCUUCAGCUUUUAUUCCUCAAACGUCAAUAUAUUUUGCUCUAUCGGCAAAAAAUGGCAUUGUGAUUCCCGAUCCUCUCAAGCAGGUACAGGACAAACAUGACGACAUGGACAGUGUAAAUUACAUGCAAAAGAUCUACACACCGAUCGAUGCACCAUCCUUUGACCACCAAACUUAUGACAAGGUCACAUUGGCAUCAGGCCCCACAUCUUCUGCUUUCGGACCCAUCUUUGCAAACGGAAUUCUGAAUGCUAGCACACCCAACUCGAAAGCCUCCCAUUACUUUAUGGAUCCACUGACCUCUUCAGGAUAUGGUCUACCUCCGCCGUCGAUGACCCCGUCCCCUUCGAAAGAAUCCACUGCCUACACUACCCACGAACAAAUUUUAGAACUAAUUGGAGAGGUGCAAAUGUGCUCUCCAAAACGAUUAGAUGAUUCGAUUUGGACAGCUUCCGGAUCAAUAUUCCUUGCUUAUGAGACUCUGGGAUUUAUCUUGAGAUCGAAGACUCAUUUGAUCACCCCACCCGUGCAUCGAAUUUUGCUCCGCUUUGCUGGCAUCAUGGUCGACGAUUCAUCCAGCCAGUCCCCAACCUCGUCCGACAAGUUGUGUAAUCUAUCCUUGAAUGAUCCCGUUCUGGCUACCAAACCUGAUAUCAAGAAUCAAAAUAACGGGCUGCGACAUUCGGUCAUAACUAAUCCAUUAGCAUUUCGGUUCUUACUAUUGGAUUUUGACUUGUGGUCCUCAACUCCGCUUGAAAUACAACGCUUUCAUUGUGAGAGUCUAUGUGGGAUGAUUGAGACCAGCGUAUGGAGUCGGUUCAGUAUGAAAAGAAUUGGUAAAAUUAAUCUUUUGCCAAAAAUGCUGUAUGCAUUGCGCAACCGACAAUUCUCUGUGUCAUCAGAAGGCGGAGAGGUAAUCCCGGCAUAUAUCAGGUUGUUGGGCUGUGUCCUAAAAGCUCAAUUCAACUCGCAAGUCAUUCGGCAUUUGGCUAGUUAUCUUACUGCGAGCUUGACUCCCGAACAGUCAUCAAAACAAGAACUUCCAGUCGGUAGCACAAGUGCAAACGAGUCAAAAGAUCAUCAAGAAUCCCAAAGUAUGCCAGCACAAUUGAAUGUACCAGCCGUCGAUUCUAAGUCACUGUCAACAUCCAUAACGCUAGAUGAACCAAUCAUGGUACUGAAAGUUCUUCAUGACCUGCUCUUAUCGCCAAAUGAUCAAGAAAGCUGCACCUAUAUAACCCAAUUUCUGAAGGCUAUUAACGGCUCGAAAUGGCUGUUGAUGUUUUUCCGGAAAGAUACGCACCCUGAAAACGAAUCGAUCUUGGUUACUACACUGAGCUUAUUGAGUCAAGUGGAUAUCAGGACGGUGCCGAUGUUUAGUACCAACAGGUCCGCUACGCCAGGCACCUCACCUCUGAUGUUCAAAGAUGACCUUCAGGGUGUGAUAAGGUCCAUUCGCGGGAUCCCGAACGAAUUGGUCACGCCUGAGAUGUUACCAAUUGUAAUUUCCCUACUAAAGCCAGCAUACGUCGUUCGCUGUUCCGGAGAAAACAUGACGUCAAUCUACGUAAUGGAAUGGCUAAAUCUUAGAAUGGAAUCGCAAGAUGACGGUUGGAACGAGAUGCUUGGAGACAAAGACAUUGUCAAAGUAUGGGCUAACUACGUGACCUUACUAAGCUGCUUACCACACUUGGGACACCUUCAGCCCGAGCCGGAGAGAUCAGAGGACGAAAUGCAAAGCAAUUUGACCCCGAAAACCCCUGAAGCGUCUUGCCUUUCCUCCUUUCCCCUCACCUUUACCUCACCCGGCAUCGAUCAAGCUGCUCAACCACCAGCAGGUGUCUGCACGACCUCAUCUCCGAACAACCAACGGGACUCGGCCUACACCUUGGGAAGCAAGUCACAAAACAAAAACAGGAUGAGCAAUCGCCAAAGCAAACUUCCAAAAUCGUCAGUCUCAUUGAGUGUCACCGUACCUACAGCUCUGAUGAUCAAUGGUGAAGUGGCUCCUUGUACCUCUCCUGGUAUUCCCGAAAAGGCAUUGGCUCCCGAAUCCUAUGAUCUCCUGGAAGACAGUCCAUUUGGACCAUCUUUCGAGGAAUCUGAUCCAACCUCAACCGGCGCAACCUCAUUAUACUGUUAUGACAAUGCCUUGGAAGAUGUCGUCGAAAAUCUCGCCAGCAUUACGGACUGUUUCCUCAUGAAUUUUCUGUUUGAUCAGCAUUCUAACCUUAGUCAAUCCAAGCAAGCAGGAAGCGACUCUGGACGAGCGUUCGAAAAGAACUUGAGGGUGAAUAGACUCGAGCAGUUAUUGACUCUCGUCAUCAAUCGAGUUGGCAAUGAUCGUGCUUGGAUAACUCCAUUUAUGAACCAAGUCAUCGAAAUGAUUAUACUUCAAACUGAUCCAGGUUCUGUUCCAUGGGAUUGGCUGAUCGCAACAUUAGCGGAUGGAUAUCUUUCAGGCUGGUUGCAACCCAAUGCGACAUCCGUGUCCCAAUUGGUUACUUUCUUGCUCGCGAGACCAAUUCAAGGCCUCAUUGGCCCCCUAGGAGAUUUGUUGCUCAUUGCUCUAACCAAUCGAUAUACGUCGGCGCCGGAGGUGUUACUGGAGCAACUUUGCAGUCAUCAUUUGGCUAGUUUAAUCGCCGCCGUUCCUCCGGAGCUUGUUCCCAGAUUGGUGUACAUUCUUACACAAUAUCUUUCCCGCCCUCACAGCAUCAGGACAUCCGCCUCCGAUGUGCUCAAACUCCUCUUCUCAUAUCAUCCGCUGAUCUUGGAAGAGUUUUGUCUCAAUAUCGAUCCAUCUAAUCCGGUGACAGAGCGCUCAGCUUCAAUCUCGGGGUCUAGUGACACCACCGAUCAUCCUUCGACCACUGACCAUUCAAUGUCACAGGUUGAAAGAGAUCUCUCGAAGGUGCUUCAAAUGCAGCCAGAUGAAUUGAAAGAAGUGCUCGAAAAGAGCUCUUCGAUCAAUUGCACUGGAAAAUUGGACUGGAUACAAUUCGUGACUGAAUCAGAGAUGAGAGCAAACCGAACAAGAUCCGAAAUACUAACCAAGUUCCGGGUAAUGUGGACUGAGCAUUCGAAUAAAGGUGUAAUUGAAUCCAGGAGGUUAGAAAGUGUGGUCAAAAAACUGCAGGUUUGGUCCAGGAGCGUCAAAGAAAUUGAUGCAGCACGGUUUGCCAAUCUUCGCCAAGACAACUUUGACACGAAGCAUUAUCUUGAAAUGCAACUAACAAAACGGCUUGGAGAGCUCUAUCGACCCUUUUCCAUUCUGGCGCAAGCGCAAGAUAAUACCGCAACCUACUGGGCAUUGGAUUCCACAGAAGGGCCGAGUCGUCAGCGAAGAAAACUGAGGAGAUUGGGACAGAAGUUAGACACCCGCUCUAUUCAGAGACCUAAAAUACGGCACCAUCGAAUGCGAAGCUUAGGCGCGUCGAGACGCGACUCAUAUAGGGAUGAGGAAACGUUUGACGAGCUCAGAAAAAGGGCGGAUGAAACCUCGCCAAUUAGUCCAACUCAUCCCGAAUCUCUUCUUCCCCCGAGUGAAAUAUGGGGUGAAGAAUCUGGAGAAUAUGAUGACCUUGGGGUCCAGGUCAACACUGAUAGGAACACUCGGCCGGUAGAUGACCUUGCUUCAAAGAAAUCCAUCUUGGAUGGCGGAAAAAGGCAUGGUGAAGAUGCUCAUUCAGAAGACUUCAAUGAGGACAAAUCCAGGCGAAUAUUGAAGAGCCUUGAAGCUGGUGAUGUGAUCCAAGGGGUUUGGAACGUAGAACAGGUUAUUGGAUUGGAUACCUGCCCCGCUCUGUUUUUGAUGGCCAAAAACAAUAUCUAUAUUAUUGAUGGGUUCUUCCAGAAGUCAAAUGGAGAAUUGGUAAAUUCAUGGGAUGCUUGGGAAGAGCGAGACCCCCACCUGCGUACCCUUGCAAGUCUAUCCCGACAAACAGCAAAACUGAACAGUCGAGCUGCUGCUCACCAAACUCGUCGGUGGAACUACAGUGAUAUUGUAUCCAUUUCGUCUCGUAAAUGGCUGUUCCGGGAUAUUUGCAUGUGAGCAUCUAUUUUACCCAACCCU